AUGGUACCAGCGGCAACUACGACAGCAGGAGCAAGCGAAGACACCCCACGUGUCGAGAAAUUUUGUUCCCGCAAAAAGCUCUUCCAUCUGCACAUGGCUGCGCUGGUCUUAUUUGCCGCUGGCAGCGGUUUGGUUAUGUUUGGAGUGUAUCAAUUGCAAACUGCCCAUCUUGUUGAAGCAGCUGCCUGCAUGGACUCUAAAAGUGACAAUCGUUCAACUGGAACGGGCAAAGACAAUUCUACAACACCUGACGGCCCAAGGGAGGAUUGCAACACCUGGUAA